GGGCCGAAUGGACGAACUUCCGGUCUGUUCGCAAAGCCAAAACUUGGGAGGAAAACGCGUGACAUAAGCCGCUGUCAUUCCUCACACUGUCAGUCGUUCGUCUCCGCCUUUCUCACGGGAACCCGCAUCUCUUAGGAGAUAGCCGCGUUAGCCAGUAUCUAACAUCACCGACUCCCCAAGGAUGACCAGCACGGCAGGAGAGCCCAUUGGAGUCGCGACCCUUCACAACGACAUCACGGGUCCUAUAGCAUGGGAUUCCGGCCGGACACAGAGACGAAUGCUGUCGCAUUAUGCGGAGGGGUCACAUUACAACCCGAGUGUCCCGGCGGUCAGCGGCACGGGGAGAUAUGCAAGGAUCGGGACGAAUACAAGGAAUGCGAGUGAUUUGGUUUUUGCGUUUGGGAGUGUGCAAGAUGAUGUACAGCGGUAUCGCACAGACGUAGCCAAUGCGGAGCGCGAAAGAAGACAGGCGGAUCGGGAUAGGAGGACGGAGCGCAUUCAGCUUCGGAGGAACUGGCUAACGAACAUCGAUGCUUCGCGCUGGGACCGCAUGGCGGACCAACAGGACCACGCCGAGCGGGUGUUGGACACUAGGCGUGCGUCAUGGCGGUCGGGACUUAAUGGAGGUGGAUACGACCCCGUAACGACUCGGUACGCGCCAACGCCGGCCGGGAAAGAUCUCGCGGCGAAGGAUCAGGAGGAUAUGCGCCUGCUCGCCAAACGCGCAACAAAGCUCUACCUGCACAAUAACACCUUCGAUCCGAUCCGCGGGGAGGAUAUCCAGGCGCCGCCAGCCGCCGUCCCAAAACCAAAAUCACAACCAGCCGCCGAGCCACAAAAGACACCUUCAGCACCACCGUCCUCCGCCCCGCAACCUACUCUCGCGUCGUCAAUACAACAACAACCGCAAGAGCAGAAAGCGGUACCACCUCGCCGCGCCCCGCGCUUCCCCGUCAAAAGCGCCGCCGCGAUGCUCGCCCGCAUCGUGCCGCCGGAUACCCCCGCGUACCGCGCCGGGUUUGAAGAUGCUGUGCGGGAGAUCAGGGCCGCGGCGGUUGCUGCGGGGCCAAGUGGCGGGAGUGGACGGAGGUGAGUGGGAGGGAUGCGCACAAGUGGGAAAGCAGGGGUGUAGCGUGUAUGGGUUUAGGACCGAAAUAUAUAGGAUUGUUGGGAUCAACGCCCAGUGAUAUUUUUGGUGGGC